AUGACGUCCAAGUAUUUGAGGAGUAACUUGGGUAAAGAACAUCUCUUUCACUUGUUAAUGUAGGAGUACGUCUCGUGCCCAUCGUGUGGCCGAACGCUCUUUGACCUUCAGGAGAUAAGCGCUCAAAUCAGAGAAAGAACAUCCCAUUUGCCCGGUGUCUCGGUAAAAUUUCUCGGUUCUCUGGACACGCACUUGCCCUUUGAGAGUCGAAAUCUUCUACCGAGGUGACAAUUUUUUGUGCGACCUUGUGCCAGAUCGCUAUCAUGGGUUGCAUAGUCAAUGGCCCUGGGGAGAUGGCUGAUGCAGAUUUUGGCUACGUGGGGGGCGCCCCGGGAAAGAUCGACCUCUACGUCGGCAAGGUAAACAAGCUCCUCUCCGUCUUGCCUUCGUUCAUUUUUCAUUCAUCGCACCGUACAAGAAAGGAGCACAGGAAGGCCGAUCAAGGGUCGCGAUGGGCUCCCGGCCCUGCUCCGGUGGGCGUCUUCUAAGACGGAAGAAGAACUGAGGCGCCGAUUUUUCGUGGCUCUUCCAGACCGUGGUGCAGAGGGGGAUCGCCAUGGAUCAGGCGACGGAUGCCUUAAUCCAGCUGAUCAAGGAACAUGACCGCUGGGUCGAUCCGCCAAAGGAAGAAGAAUGACGGAGCCUCCGCGCGCUCUUCCCGUUUCCCCAAUUCAUGAUAAUAAAUAGACUAAGUUGGUAAUCGUGAGGAUCGGCUGUUUUAUUCUCUGUAUCCUGCGACCAUCGAUCGCUAGCCGUGUGUGUAUUCUGUGUAAAAGAAAUGUUAAAUGUCUGGGGACAUUGGAUCGGUGGGGGUAGAGCAGCCUGAGAUUUCAAGCCGCUCGCCGGCCGCUCAAUGGAAGGCGGAGCGCCGUCGAUUGCGGCCGUUCCGAAGGGGAAGAGGGAUGGUGCGGCAGAUUCUGCUUCAACGAGAGGGACUGUGACAGAAGCAGAAGCGAGGAUUCACGGGAGAAGCCGCCGCGUGUGACCUAGCUGCCCAACGUCCGUCCGCGGCUAGUUCCUCGGCAUUCAAGGAACCGCGUCUUUUGCAAACCGAUCGCUCUCUGCCUCUCCGCAUUCGCUCAGCAGCCGCCGUCUCCCCCCGUCCGUCUGCUUGGACCAGCGGGACCAUACUUUACGACUACUGCCUGCCGUGGGGUUCCUUAAGACGGAGGGCACCAUGGGACGGCCUCGAAGGAGAGAGUUUGAGGUGGCAUCGAAAGAGACGGGAGUUGUCGACCGUUGGAGAGCGCCACCUCCGAAGUGUCAACGCACACUCCCCCGGGACCGCCUGCGAUGGGGGGGGAGUUCCGGUGUCCCCGGUGAUUGGCUGGGCCGCGGAGGUCGUCAACGCCGCCACGAACGAAUGGGGCGAAUUACAACGGAAGAGGAUUGACGUCUGUCACGCGGAUAGAAGCGACGCCACCCGAAGGCUAACCAUCAGAAUCUCCCCGGAGAGAGGUUUCUUUUGAAAGCGGGGUGCCGAGAUUUGAAAGGACGAACAGCGCUGGAGGAAACGAGAUUUGCCCGCGCGAGGUGUCCGUCCUAACCAAUUGGAGGCGGCGCACAACGGCCGGGGGAGGUCGUUACCGGGUGGCACCGGAGAGCAGCCUCUGACGAGCCGGGCCCCGUUUCUACCGCGGAAGAGGACAAGAGAUGGAAACAGCCAGCCUGGCAGGUCUGCGCUGUGGGCCCCUGUCAGCUGCUUCCGAGAGCGAGGGGCCGUCCCGCGAACAAGAGUGAGUGAGAGAAAAGAUAAGGACGCCCACGGAAUGGAGAGGAGAGGAAGUGGAGUAGAGGUUCAUGGAUCAAGCGGCGGUAACCAAAUUUCGUGGUGUGUCAUCGAUCUGUGCCGAGGAUUCAACCGACGGCCGGGCAAAACAAUCGAACCUAAAGCCCCUCCCCCAGCCUGCAAAUGCGCGGGUUGCACGAGAAGAAAUGAUGAGCGUUGCUGGCGGCUCGACACGAAGAUCCCAGGCCUGGCCUGACCUGGUUUUGCUGUGAGAAUGGGAGAGAGCGAAACAAGAAGAACAUCACCGAACAGGACGACCGACGAGGCGAUGAGGUCAUAGCAUCUCGCGGCGGACGUCGUGGCCGUACUGGGACCGUCGAACGUUGUCCUGGCGCUUCUUGUAGACAAAUGCCCCUAGCCCCACCAGCGUCGCUGCCAUCAUCACUCCGACAACGAGCCCCGCCUUCUGUCCCCCGCUCAUCCCCCCGCCGCCGCCUCCGGAAGGCUGCGCCUCGGCCGAAAGAUUGCCGGCCUUGUCGAGCUUUUGCGUCGGCUCUCCCGAGGGCGCCGGAGCAGGAGAAUCAGACGGCAAUGGCGACUCCGACGACGGCGAGGCGUCUGACGGUGAAGACGAGUAA